AUGGCAAAUGCUGUAUUUGCCAAAUUAUCUUCUCAGUAUGACUCUUGCUGCUUCUUGGAAAACAUUAGGGAAAAAACAAAAAAAAAAGGAUUGGAACGUGUUUGUAGCUCUCUUGUCUCGGAGCUGCUAGGGCAAGAUAUGCCAAGUAACCCAUCAAAUGGUUUAAGAAAUGCCUUUGUUGCUAGAAGGCUCGCCUAUGAAGAGAAGCAAACUUUUCUAGACAUUGCAUGUUUCUUAAAGGGUGAAAGUGAAGGAUUUGUAGAAGAGCUAUUAAAGAGCUAUGAAUUCCAUCCAACUGUUGGCAUCCAAACCCUUAUAGAUAAGGCUUUAAUUCUCAAGAACAAUGGGAAGGUUGAGAUGCAUAACUUAAUACAGGAAAUGGGUCUGCAAAUUGUUCGUGAAGAGAAUGUCAAUGAACCUGGAAAAAGGAGUAGAUUAUGGGAUCCUAGCGAAAUCUAUGAUGUAUUGAAAAAUUGUGAGGAUUUAGCGAAUUUAAGAAGAGUAAAACUUCGUGGUUGUUUUAUGCUGAUGAAGUUGCCCGAUUUUUCCAAGGCUCAUCGUCUUGAAAGCGCAGAUCUAAGAUUUUGUUGGUGUUUGCCUCAAGUGCAUCCAUCUCUCCUAUCCCUGCACAGUCUCAUUUAUUUGGAUGUAAGCGGCUGCAGUCGUCUUGAGAGUCUCCAUAGCAUGAUUCAUCUAAAAUCUCUCAAAGAAGUCAAUAUAAGUAGCUGCCGCAGUCUUAAGGAGUUUUCAAUGUCAUCAUCAGAGCUAACAUCCUUAGAUUUAGAUGGAAGUGGAAUAGAAGAAUUGAGCCCAUCAAUUGGGCGUUGUUCAAAGCUCAGAAGACUCAAUCUCGGUGAUACAAAAUUGAAGAAUAUAAAGGUAUUAAGUUGCUUUACAUCUCUGGAUGUACUCCGUGUUUCCCGGCAGAAGAUUGACAAUGUCGACCUACGUGUGCUAUUUGAUGGCUUACGUAGUCUCCAGUCACUGACUCUCGAGAUGUGCUGUGACUUAACUGAACUCCCAGAUAACAUCAAACACCUCUCGAGUCUGCAAGAGCUUUAUUUAACUGGUUGUAGGAAUCUUAAAUAUUUGCCAGAGCUUCCCCCCUCCCUUAAAUUAUUAGAUGCCACUGAUUGCACAGCACUCUCGUUCGCCCUUUCCUUAGUUCAUCACCUUAGCAAUCUCAAUCGUCUCCUGCUCAAUGCUUCAAGUCUUUGGCAUCUUCCACGGACCCUGCUUUGUUAUUUUAAACUCGUGGAGCUUCGUAUUCAAAAUUUCAGGCAGAGAGUGAGAGACGCGGAGCUGGCAGUUCCAUUUGAUGCAUUGCCAUCUUUAGAAGUGCUGUCUUUGCAGGAGUGGCCCAGCCUAAUUGAACUCCCCAACAAUAUUCGGCACCUUUCUGAGCUACAAUAUCUCUCCAUAGAAGGCUGCAUCAGGCUGCGGCGUUUACCAAAACUUCCUCCAUCCCUUAGAAAGUUGAUUGCCACAAACUGCAUAACACUGGAGACGGUGUCUGCUUCAACGAUUUCAAGCACACCUGAGAAUUAUGGUGAAAAAAUCUUUUCAUUCAUCAACUGUGUGAACUUAGAUCUGGGCGCCAUUAAAGAACAAGCCAUGUUGUUGUUAGAGAAAGCAGGUUCAUGA